AUGCGUCGAUUCUCCUCUCGAAUUACUGACUCAUUAUCGCCGCUGUUAUCGUCGGAGCAAGCCGAGAAACUUUGGCAGAGUAAUGAACGACGUGUGCGCUUUUUGGACGCAUCCUGGUACCUGGACAAAAGCCGCGACGCUAAGGGCGAGUUUUUUCUAGAGCGACUCCCAGGUGCUCAAUUUUUUGAUAUCGAGCAAAUUUCCGACAAGUCGACAACAUUGCCGCACAUGCUACCAGACCCGGAAACAUUUGAGGAUGCUAUGAUGGACCUUGGUGUGGAGAACGAUGACACGGUGAUUGUUUAUGGAGGCAAGCACUGUUUCAGCCCGGCGCGUUGCUGGUGGACAUUUAAGUUCUUUGGUCAUAGCAGCGUGCACAUACUCAACGGUGGUAUCACCAAGUGGAAGUGCGAAAAACGAAAGAUCGAGACGGAUGAGCCUCAAACUGUUCUCGCUGGUAGUCGUUACAAGGCUCAACUUGAUAAAGAUCUUGUGGUAACGUGGGAAGAAGUGCUGAAAAAGAUUGAUACGGACACGCAGAUUGUCGACGCUCGCGGAGCCGCACGAUUCUAUGCAAAGGAGCCUGAACCGCGUCCGGGAAUGCGUGGUGGACACAUCCCAGGGUCCGUCAACGUUCCUUUCAGCACCCUUUUAAAUCCAACUGACUUCUCGCUUUUCCGUGAUCUGGAUGAUAUUAAGCGUGCCUUUGCUGAAGCAAAUGUGAAGACGGACGAAAGUAGCCCGAUUAUCACGAGCUGUGGCUCCGGAGUGACCGCAAGCGUAUUAUCGUUUGGACUGCACUUGAUUGGCAAGCCGCUAGACAAGGCUCCCGUGUAUGACGGAUCGUGGUCGGAGUGGGGCCAACGUAGCGAUCUUCCUCUGGAAACUUAA